ACCUUUGGGACAGACAACGUCAGUCAACAAACACAUCAAGCAACAAAGCAAUAGAAAUGGACAAAAAUACAUAAAUCCCUUCAAAGUAAUAGAUAAAACAAACAUGUGAUUCCAUAACAAACAUAUGACUAAUGUAAAAUCUCCGGACGGCUAGCUAUCAUCAUGGGGAAACAGACGCGAGUGGAUCCACCAACCGCCACCUUUCCCUACACAAUAACUAAGAGACUAAAUCUUCUAAGCCAGCCCCGAAAAGGUUUCGUUGAUACCUCAGAUGGACCUGGCUACACACAGUCUGGUAUCAGAAAAUCCGCCUUAAAUGGACAUCCUUCUGAUAGAGUCAAUGAUAUUGCAUGGCCUUGGCUCAGGCGUUUGAUGAUAGUCAAAAAGACGUACAGAAACAAAUUUGAUCAAGAACGUUUGGAAAAACUCGACCGUAUGAUUGAAGCGAGUAAUGGAACCCUGUAUUCCAAGCUAGCCCAUUGUACUAUAGACCUUAAGAGGCAGCAGGACGCUAAAGAUUUUGGAAAGAAAAGAGGAUGGACAGAGAGCGAGUGGAAGAAACACAUGGAUUAUAUCGGAACGGUCGCUGCCCCUAAAAAGGAGUUCCGACCACCGCCUGUAAAGCGUGGUAAGUCCGCACCCCUAGAAGCUCUGAUGCCAAGGAUUAACGAGAUAUCAUCUCCGCCUGAAUUCAAGUGCUACAAGAGAGAGUCGAAGCAAAUCUGGUACAAGGAUCCAAUUAAGGUCCCACCCGCUGCCCUCAAGUACCAAAUAUCGGAUCGAGUUAAGAAGCUAGCCGCUCCGAGGAGUUUACCUGAUGCAUGAACAGCAUCAUUUGCGAAGACCACCCCAGCCAUCAUCAUCGUCAACCUACCGUAUCAAUCGUAAUCAUGUGAAUACUGCUCAAGUGAAGUGAAGUUAAGGACUAGAAACGAAGCCUCUGUAUAACUUGUCUAUCCAUAACAAAACCAAACAAUAUUCUCAAAGAUAAACAUGCUUCAAACUACAAAAGCAUUUAAUUUUUGUUAGCAUGCUACGGUCUAUUCAGUUUACUCGAGUUUGACGAAGCUAGUCUUCAUAAAUACCAACAUUAACACGGUCAAAAUAUAUUAACUUUUUUUUUAACUACGCGCCAAUUUACAUGUUCAUGUACUCUUAGUAUAAGUUUUGCUUUACGUUUAAAGUAAUAGAAACGAGAGCGCAGUCACAGCUCCGAUUGGUCGGCUCAAAUAAACCAACCAAGCACAGAGCCGAACGCAGUUUCGUUUCGAUUAAUUUAAAUGUAAUGAAAACUCGUACUAAGAGCUUUGAUUUGCUAUUUAAUUUUCCUUUUGACGUGUCCAAACUUGACAUUUAUGAAGCAGAAUUCUAGUCUUCUCUGGAUCUUCGCGGGCUUGAUCUGAAUAUAGUUACACUAAGUACAAGUUGUGUGAGAUCAAUAUAAUUUAAGACGAAACUUUCCUAUAACCGU